UUAUCUUCUGGAGUGGUGCAACCAAUAAGUGAGCUCGAAUCAACUCAAGAGGAAGCUGACACGCGAAUGCUCUUACACUCACUCCAUGCAGCUAGAUCGAGGUUUGCUUCAGUCGUCGUGGUAUCAGAAGACACUGAUGUUUUGGUACUUCUUUUGACUUUCAAAAGUUUUAUUCCUUCCUCAGUAUUCAUUAAAUGUGGUUCGCAGACUAGAGUCAAGUACAUAGAAGUCUCCAGAAUAGUUGAAAGUGUUGGGGGAAUUGUAUGCAGAUCACUGCCGGGCUUUCAUGCAUUCUCUGGUUGCGACACGGUCAGUGAGUUUGCUGGACGGGGAAAGGUAGUAGGGUAUCAAAUUGUAACACGAAAUGUAGAAUUUCAAGAAAUGUUCCAGCAACUAGGCAUGGAAUGGAAUUUGUCUGAUGACCUGCACCAUGGCCUUAAGAAGUUUAAAUGCGCCAUGUAUUGCAGUACCCCGGGAACAAGCGACAUCAAUGAGCUGCGAUACCGGCUGUUCUGUUUGAAGAGAGGAGACGUUGAAUCCAAUCAGUUGCCACCCUGCAACAAUAUGCUUCGCGAGCACUCGCUACGAGCUAACUACCAGGCCGCUGUAUGGAGACGAAGUUUGGAAAGAUGCCCAGACAUACCAUUACCAGUAGGAUCUGGCUGGUGCACUGA